GAAAAGUAAGCAAUUUUGCUGUCAAACAGCAAGAAAUGGCUUCAAUUUCGCUCAAAGUGCUCUGCACCCUGGGGGGAGGUGUCCUGGCCUGUAUCAGUUACUUCAAAGUGCGUGAACCAUCCGAGCCUUACCGACUGAUUUCGAAGGAACGACCCGAGGAACUGCAAGCCAAACUCACCAAACGGGAGCGCCGUUUCGUGGACUUCGCCUCGGCCGAGUAUGCUGGUCAAAUCUACAUGACGCCGGGUGAUUUCUUGGCAUCCGUCCUGGAGCGUCAUCCGAUGCCCUGUCUCCGGCGGAAAAUCCUUACCAAAGAUGAGCUCGCCCACUUUCACAAGCAAGUCCCACCGGUUGACCAGAACACAUCGAUGUUGUUCCGAAAGUUGUCCGAUUCUGGAAUCUUGUCAUUCGCUGACUAUCUGUUUCUACUGUCGGUGUUAACCCGACCGGAAAGUGGAUUCCGCAUCGUAUUCGAUAUGUUUGACACGGAUGGAAACCAGCGCAUCGACCACAGUGAGUUUAUAACGAUUCGGCAGAUUUUGGGCAGAACUUUGAAGGAACGUAAUGCAGACGAAGACACGAGGAAGACUUUGACGCGGUUAACGUCCAAGGCUGGUCGACCGAAGUUGACAAAUGGUGACUACGAGGCAGAAAGGAAUAUUGCAACUACCCUACAAGUUCAUUUUUUCGGUAUGCGAGGGACUGACACCCUGAAGUAUUCAGAAUUCCACAACUUUAUGAAGCACCUCCAGCAAGAAGUGCUUCAAAUCGAGUUUGGCAGGUAUUCCAGAGGCAGAAACUACAUUUCCGAUGAGGAAUUUGCACAUCUGCUGCUGAACUACACGCAUCUGAAACCGCACCAAUACGGUCAAUAUUUGCAACGUAUUCACAAUAUGGGCGACCAUCGUACAGUAACGUACGAUGAAUUUGAAGCAUUCUGCCAAGUGCUGCACAAUCUGGACGAUUUUGUUGUGGCGAUGCGGUUUUUCUAUUCCGUCAAAAGGGCCAUCUCGAAGGAUGAGUUCGCCCAAGCUGUGAGAAUUUGUGCUGGAUCGAAGGUUGAUGCCCACUUGAUCGAUCUCGUGUUUGCACUGUUCGACGAGGACAACGAUGGUUACGUGUCGUUGAACGAGUUCCUGCUGAUGAUGAAGAACAAGCUACGUUUCCGUUGCGAUUAUCAACCAGUUGGCGUGAAAGCGUUCAAACGAUGUAUGCGGCAGGAGAUGAGAUAUUAAUUGCUGGAAGUCUUUUAAUUGCUUUCUAUUGUUUUU